CUUUGUGAAUCAAAUUCUUCAUCUCUAAGCAUUCUUCAUUUUAUGUGUCUGUGCUAUCCUCUCUUAUUCAGGUGCCAAAUCUGGUUGAACUUGUUAGUAUGUAAGCUUUUCAAUGCCUUUAAUAAUACUUGUUACCUUGCUGUCCGUAAUUUGUUUUGGUCUGCUCUGUUUUUUGAGAUGUGGGAGGCUGCUGUUGCUGAAUGUGCUGGAUGCUGGCAUGCCAGACAGCGUUGCAGUGAUAUUCUGUUUUAUCUGCUGUACUUUUUAACAAUUGCUAAUAUUUCCUUGAAUCUUUUGAAACUGUCCCUCAGAAAUUGAGCUGAUAUUUUCCUAGAGUAGUGCAUAAGGAUCUCUUACUUAAAAAUAAUAUCAAUUUAGAACCUAUGAGAGUUUAUACUUAAUUAAAACAGUCUUUCACUAUGUGUGUUAUUUGCAUUUCAUGUUAUUUAAUAUACAUAUUUAAGCUAUUUAAGAUACACUUUACAUUCACAAGUUAACAUAUAUAAAUGUAAAUUCUCUGCACUCCCCCUUCCUCUGUAAUUCAGUGAUAAAAUAUGGAUUCCCGUGUUCAUGAACAAAAGUAAAACCAGGGAUACAGUAGAAAUUCAGGCAUGUAAAUCAAAGUUUGCAUUCACAUGCUUUAAGUAAUAUGAUAGUAGAAGGCAUUAAUUCUAGUGGAGAGACUAAAGAGAAGAACUAGAUCCUGCACCAGCACGUACUGUGUGACCUGAAGAAGGAAGACCUCUCCCUGCACAUUGUUUCACUCUUCUCAUUCUAGAAAGCAAUUUAUGUGUUUAUAUAGCAUUUUAGUCUUCUAGAAGGUAAAUCUACUGAGUAUGCUUUAGGCACUGUUAAUACUCAGAUAUAAUCAGAUCCCGUUGUCUUAUUAGAUUUUUUCCAUUGAUUUAAAUUUAGAGAAAUAUGCCACUCCCAUCUCAAUCCUUUUUUGAGAAAGGAUGAAUGAUUCAUGAAGUAGCUAAAAUAUUUUUUACUGUGUUGUAAUAAAACCUAUUCUAUGUGCAGGUUACCAGCCAACAAGUGCAAACUAUAAGAUUCAGAUGGCUGAAUUAGGAGGAUUAGCGGAAACUCUUGUUUUAUCUCUAGCAUUAGUUGAAGAUCAACUUACUGAGAAGUUGUGGGUUCUUAAAGCUCUUGAGCACCUCUCCAGCUCUGGAGUAAAUUGCGGGCAUAUGAUAAAGGCUCAAGCAGCCAGAAGACUCUGUUUGUAUCUAAAUGGCACUGAUCCCUCAGGACAGCUGGUGUUCCGCUCAUCAGAAAUCCUAUGGAAUCUACUAGAAAAUACCUCAAAAGAAGAAGUUGUUAAUCAACUCAGUAGCUUGGAAUGUAUACAUGCAUUGAAGGAAGUAUUUAUGGACCGGCUCAUAAAUGGGUUCCGCCAUUAUGAUCGUCAGCUGAGGAACGACCUCCUGGUGAUUGCCACGUUAGUAGCUGAAAACUCUGCAGCAUCUAUGAUUGAAAGUGGAUUUACAGUGCUGUUAAUAGUACUUGCAACGUUUACAGAAGCUAAAAUUCCCAAUCCUUUGUUAAAAGGUCUUAAGCUUACCUACUCUUAUGAAGACUUUGAGAUGAAGAAGUUGUUGUUUAACAUUAUAGGGAUCUUUUCUAAAGACCCGCAUGCUCUACAGCUUCUCAGUGAAAAUGAUGUGAUGCCAGCUUUGUUGGAUUAUGUAAAACCACAUAAAAAGCCUGGAUUUCAUGACUGGUCUGCUGCCCAAUAUGAGGAAUUACAGCUUCAUGCAAUUGCUAUUUUAGCUUCAGUGGCUCCCUUGUUAGUUGAUAAAUAUUUGUCUUGCCAAGCGAAUACUCUUCUUCUUGUGUUUCUAGAAUGGUGUAUAGGUCAAGAUCCUUUCUUUGGUCAAGGUAACAGUUUCCAUGGAACAGGUGGUCGUGGCAGCAAACUUGCACAAAUGCGCUACAGUGUGAGAGUGCUGAAAUCUGUUGUAUCCCUUUAUGACGAUGCUGUGAACCUUAAUUUGUGUGACCAGGGAGCAAUUAGCCAGCUACUGGAUAUCCUGAAGUAUGCAGCAAACAAAUUGGAACAAAAAGAUGAUGCCAUUCUGCUGGAAAUCCAGGCAAACAUAUUAUUUAUUUUGUCUGCUCUCUGUGAAAAUGAUGUCCACAGAAAGGAACUCUUCAGCUACGAAGGAGUGGAUUUACUUAUCUCAGUCAUUCAGAUGGAUCCAAAGAAGCUGCACAGUGGACUGGGCCACAAUCGUCUCCUUUUCAGUGCUCUGGACUGCUUGUGGUCCUGUGUCAUUGGAUGCUACAUUGCAGAGGAUUAUUUUCUAGAACAACAGGGCAUUCUUCUUCUCCUGGAUUUGCUGGCAUUAAAACAAAAAAACUUGUGCAAUGUAAUUCUCGGGAUCCUCAGUGAGUUUUGUGACAAUCCCAAAACCAUUAUUCACAUCAGUGCCUGGCGGGGGGAGAAAGAUCAAACAGCAGCUAAACUGCUAAUACAGCUAUGGAGACAGGAGGAAAUGGACUUGGGAGUCCAACGUGAUCGAUAUGGAAGGAUUGCUGGUAAGUUUGGUGAUACAUGUGAAACUGUUAGUCAGUGA